CUAGCCCAGGAAUUCCAGCUUCCACGGCAGUCGUGCCAGGCCUUCUGGGUAACAGAGUUCAACACACUCAGGUUGCCGUUGGACCCGAGGCGCGGAAGACUACAACUCCCAGGGUGGAACAGAGGGGGACCCGCCCCCUGGCAUGAUGGGAGGAGUAGUUCGUUCCGCCCUUGCUUUCAGCUAACCCGGCUCGCUAAGGACUCUGAGACACGCAGAGGCGUCAUCUCCGCUGUAACUAAACUGGCCGCCUUCUUUUUGUUUACGACGCCACUGAACCGAAACGGGGAAGCAUUCGUGAUCCUUUCAGGAACCCCGUGGAAAGAAGGCGGGGGUGGAGCCAGACAGUGACCCGGAAGCAGAAGUGAUUCUCACAGGCGGAGCGCUGGAGAGCGGCAGCAGCGACCGCAGCGGCAGGAGCAGCAAUUUAUCCGUGUGCAGCCCCAAACUGGAAAGAAGAUGCUAAUUAAAGUGAAGACGCUGACUGGAAAGGAGAUUGAGAUUGACAUUGAACCCACAGACAAGGUGGAGCGAAUCAAGGAGCGUGUGGAGGAGAAAGAAGGAAUCCCCCCACAACAACAGCGGCUCAUCUACAGUGGCAAACAGAUGAAUGAUGAGAAGACAGCAGCUGACUACAAGAUCCUAGGUGGUUCAGUCCUCCACCUGGUGUUGGCUCUGAGAGGAGGAGGUGGUCUAAGGCAGUGAUAGACCCUUCCUCCGUUUUACCUCCCUACCCUGUCUCUCAUAAUGAGGCAUCAUAUAUCUUCUCACUCUCUGGGACAACAGAGCCACUGCCCCCUCUCCUGGAUGCCUAGUCAUGUGUAUCUACUGGUGGGAGACUGUGAGGACCCCAGGAUGCAGUAUUCCUGGCCCAGAGGGCCCUUGCUGGCUGUUGGGUUUUAGUUUGCAGUCCUGUGUGUUUCCCUCUCUUAUGGCUAUGUCCCUGGUUGUCAAUAAAAUAUUUCCUGGCCUCCUGGAA